AUCGAUGAGGGCGCAACGAGCGCAUGUAAGAACCUCCUUCUUUUCAUACGUGGAACAUCGAGGGAUAGUGUUCCAGAUAGUAGUUUUGUAAUAUUUGUCGUCAAAAUGGGUUUUGUAAAGAUCGUUAAGAAUAAACAGUAUUUCAAACGGUAUCAAGUUAAGUUCAGAAGGCGACGCGAAGGAAAGACCGAUUAUUAUGCACGUAAACGAUUAACUAUUCAAGAUAAAAAUAAAUAUAAUACUCCAAAAUACAGAUUAAUCGUACGCCUGUCAAACAAGGAUAUCACUUGUCAGGUUGCAUAUUCGAGAAUCGAAGGGGAUAGAAUCGUGUGCGCAGCAUAUAGCCACGAACUCCCAAAAUAUGGCGUUAAAGUUGGUCUUACUAAUUACGCUUCAGCGUAUUGUACAGGUCUCCUUUUAGCACGAAGAUUAUUGAAAAAAUUAGGCCUGGACACCUUGUAUUCUGGAACAACAGAAGUAACUGGUGAUGAAUAUAACGUUGAGGAAUUGGAGGAAGGCCCUGGAGCAUUCAGAUGUUACUUAGAUACUGGCCUCAUGCGUACAACUACUGGUGCUAGAGUUUUUGGUGCCAUGAAAGGUGCUGUCGACGGUGGCCUCAACAUUCCGCAUAGUACCAAGAGGUUCCCCGGGUAUGAUAGCGAAUCAAAAUCCUUCAAUGCCGAUGUUCAUCGACAACAUAUCUUUGGACAACAUGUUGCAAACUACAUGAGGACGUUGGAAGAAGAUGAUGAUGAAGCUUUUAAACGACAAUUUUCGCAGUACAUCAAAAAUGGUAUUACUGCUGAUAGUAUCGAAGGUAUUUAUAAGAGCGCCCAUGAAGCUAUACGUUCAAAUCCGGAACACACGAAGAUCGUUAAAGAGAAAAUACCGGUGAAGAAGCGAUGGAAUCGCGCCAAACUUUCCUUGUCAGAAAGAAAGAACCGUGUUAUUCAAAAGAAAGCUUCCUUCCUUAAAACACUAGAAGAAGUGGAAGCUUAG